AUGAAAAUAUAUGUGCUAAUCGAAUGCAUUCCGGGCACUAACAUCGACCUGUUUCAGUCAACAAAUCACAAUGGUGAAUCAUUUCUACUUCACGCUGUACGACUCAACCGUCUCAGUGUGGUCAAAGCUCUUUUCGAGUUGAAGAACUCUGCUGAACUACUCGAUGCGGUGAACAAUGAAGGAGAGAACAUUGUUCAUUUGAUGGCAAAAGACAAGGAGCUGAAGGAGAUGCUCGAUGUAUUUGUUGAUUACUGUGAGAGAAAAUCGAUAAAUAUGCAAGACAAGUUCGAUAAGGUGGAGAAAACCAAUCGGGGACUCUUAGAAUCAGCAAUUGUGCACAAUAAUCUCUGGGCUGUGCGAGCUCUCCUUCCAAGCUUCAAUAAAGAUGUUUGUAAGAGUAAUGGCGACAAUCUUAUUCAUCUUGCUGUUCGCUUUGGUGAUCUUGAACUACUCAAAUGCUUAUUAGAUAAUGAAGAACUGAAGAAACAGGGAAAUGGGCCAAUGAUUCCAACCGAACUAGCAGAAUAA